GCGCAGAGCAGCUUGUGAAAGCAGCAGACAGACUUGAAGAGAGAGCAACAGCAUGCAGUCAACACACCGCAUUAACAUGCAUCUACUGCUACUUCUACUGGGAGUGAUUAUGUGGGAUUAUAAGGGGAUGACCACUGCUCAGCCGCACUGUGACCCCCUGACUGAAUAUGUGGCGAAUGACGAGUGCUGCAAAAUGUGUGGUCCAGGGACCAGAAAGUCGUCGGUGGGCACUUGUCUGGAGCCUCAGUGUACAGAGUGUAAGGAAAGUGAAUAUCAGGACAAAUACACGAGUGAAACAAAGUGUGAACUCCAGCCAUACUGCGACAAAAAUUCAAACUUCCAGGAUCCUGUCGAUAGGAGCAAAAGCAAAAAAAGCAUCUGCAUGUGCAAGGAGGGAUUCCACUGCUCUAGUGAAGCAUGUCUCACCUGUAUCCCACACACCCUGUGUGCACCAGGGAGAAGCGCUCAACCCAAAGGCAACCAUACGCAUGACACUGUGUGUAAGAAAUGCCCUGAAGGCACAUUUUCCAACCAAACCUCAUGGAACAGUGUCUGCGGGAAAUGGACAGUAUGUGAGAGUGGAUACCAAGUCCAACAAAGCGGGACAGACAAAUCUGACAACAUCUGUGAGGAAAUCCCACGGAAACAUACAGCUGUGAUCAUUGUGUGUUCUGUGAUUGGGCUUAUACUUUUAUGUGUUCUCAUGCUUUGGCUCUGCAGAGCUCUUGUGUUUGGUAAAGGAGAUACAGAAGGAAAGGUAAAGAUCUGUGUUGAAUCAUGUUGGGGAGAUAAGGGGGAGAAGCUGAGAGAAGUGGUGCUGACAAACCCAACUGAUGUUGGAGAGGAAGAGUCCAUGAUGCCGAUAUCACAGUCCUCACAAGACGAGGGCGGUGCGGGGUUACCGGAGGAAAACGUGGAGGAUCAGCCGAGCCAGGAGGUGUCGUCAGAUGUACUUUUUUCUGAAAAUGGCAAAUUUGUGACUCAGGAGAUGGGGAAGUCGUCAAUCCUGUCCCGACAGGAAUCACAGACACAGGCGUUCACAGACUGAAACCAGCUGCUGUCACUAAGAUCCUUGCUGAUCCAAUGUAAUUAUUCAUGUAGCCUGUAGUGUUGCCAUUUGUCUUGAGAAUAAUUCUCCCCUUAAAGUUGUGUACAUGUGUUGAAAUGAAGUUGUUGUGUAAAAAUAUUAGAAGACACUGUGACGGCUUGACUGCAUUUGUUUUUAGGAGCUUUUUUUUUUUUUUUUAAAUGUUUGUAAUGUUUUUUUUAUUUCAUCCACUUUUAUGUUCAUGCCUUCAAACACAUUUGUAUAUAUUUGCACGAGGUACAUAGAUGUGUUAAGGAGAUAUUAGUGCAUGGAAACAGCAUGUAAUUUAGAAGCCUUCUUAUUUGUAUAAAAUGUUUUGAAUGUUAAACCA